UAUUCACUAAGGUCACGAUGAAUUAUAAGUACUAUAUCAAGGCUGUAUUCUAUGAAGGCUGUAGGCUGGCUCGCUAAUUUAAACUACAUAGAAACAGCAUGUGUAACCUUCAUAAGGAUUUACAAAUGAAAAGUUUAGGUUCUUGGAGUUUCUAAAAAAACACAGUAGAGCAGGCAGAAUAUCAAACAUUAAAACAUAUUAAAAGUGACAAGCUUCUUUGAAGAGGCUUGCAUUUUGUUGAUUUGAUCCACAGUUAUUAUUCAAAAACACAGAAAAUAAAGAUAAUAUUUAUCUUUAAUCAGCAAUGAUUGAAUUAAAACUCAUGGUAAUUGUUACUUGUGAAGAAAUAUGAUAUAAACAUGAUAAACUCCUAAGUAUGUGAAUUUGUGUAUAUAAAGGACUGUCUCUGUAAAUUGUAUUGUUGAGAAUAUCACCCCCAUCACUCACUCACACACACACACACACACACACACACAGACACACACUCCUCCUCCUCUGGAAACCUGUUCUGGAGGGAGUGACUUGAUCCAGGCGGCGUCCAAUUAUAUGGAAGCAGCACUUAUUCCACUUUAUUCCAGGCUACAGUUAAGUGGCUUGAAGCCUUCAGAGACACACGGGCUUGUAGUAUAAAGGCAGAGCAAUAGGCAGAGAGACGGUACCCAUGUGACAUGUGAACGGAAAGCUAAAGACAAAGGUAGAAAUAUCUACUACACGGCGUGCGGAGGAGACACAGAGGAUGCUCCAAAGCAAAUCCAUGAGGGUUUUUUUUCCUCGUCUGGAAAUUCACGGCUUCAUAUAAAUGAUUCAUGAGAGCCUGUUUCUAUUUCUAAGGGAGUAAUUGCGCUCGCAGUGAGUUUCAGCUGGAGCCGGUCACCAACACAAUCUGCAGAGAGACGGUAGUAAAGCUGGGAUCAGAGCCUGGAGAAAAUUAUAAAGUCAAUCAAUGUGUGGAGUUUGAUAAGCGCUGCUUUUAACCUGCACUGGACCUCAUCUGUCAAAAGGAUCAACUGUUGCUGCAGCCGGAGUGAGCACAGAGACAUUCUCCAAGUGUGUCUGGCUUUCAUAAUGGAUGUUUGACCGUCACUUGGUCCUGCAUGAAGCCACACAGUCGGUGUUGUGCAAUUAACAUGGAAGAGAGACUGAUACUGUUGUUGAUGCCUCGGAUACACCUUCAUCUGUCCUGAUGUGAUGCCACAUUGUUGCACUGAGGAGAAUGAUAAUAUCCCACACCGCUGCCGGCUCCUUCAUACUGGUUGAUCAUCUCUGUGUGUGAAACAAAACACAUUUGUUCCUUUUUCUUUGUACAAGGGACCAGUUUUGGGUAUUUGAACUCACUGGCAGACGUCAACAUUGACAGGCUUUUUGUUAUAGUGACCUUGCCCGGUUUUGACAUCUAUUCAGCGGGAGAUCAUCAUGUUGAUGAUGAUGAAGAACAGCGGCAUGGAUGCGCAUCAGGUUGAUAUCGAUUCGGAAUUUGAGCCUCACAGUCGGUCGCGGUCGUGCACCUGGCCGCUGCCGUGUCCGGAGGAUUUCCCCGGGGGAGAAGAGGCGAGCCGAGGUCUGGCCCUGGCAUCGGUCAAAGUGGAGCAGUACAACGUGCCCGCAUGCCGGGCCGAGAGAAAAGGCGGCGCACCGGCGGAGAUCAAACAUCCAGCCGGCGCCCCGGCCCCGGUCGUGGCCGCUCCUGCCUGCAUGUCCGGGGCUGCGCUCGACGUGGCCGGCCAGCUGCGCAAAGCCAAGUCUUCCCGUCGGAACGCGUGGGGAAACCUGUCUUAUGCAGACCUCAUUACCCGUGCCAUCGAGAGCGCCCCGGAGAAGAGACUCACCCUGUCCCAAAUAUAUGACUGGAUGGUUCGCUUUGUUCCUUAUUUCAAGGAUAAAGGCGACAGCAACAGUUCAGCCGGAUGGAAGAAUUCAAUCAGACACAAUCUGUCUCUGCACAGUCGCUUCAUCCGGGUGCAAAAUGAAGGCACGGGCAAGAGUUCCUGGUGGAUGCUGAACCCAGAAGGAGGGAAGAUGGGAAAGGGACCCAGGCGACGUGCGGCCUCUAUAGACAACGGCACCCGUUACCUGAAGACCAAGGGUCGCAUUAGCCGUAAGAGAGCAGGGGCCGUAGGCCUCGGACGGGGGCAAGGUCAGGGGGCUGGACCCACAAUGCAAGGCUCCCCAGAGCAUGGCAGUCCAGCAGGGAAAGGAGGUGUGGGCAUGGGGGGUGAGGAGUUUGACACCUGGACAGACCUCCAUUCCCGCACCUCCUCCUCUGCCUCCACACUGAGUGGCUGCCUGUCCCCGAUCCUGGCUGAGGCAGAGGCUGAUGAACCGGAAGAGGGUGGACUGUCCUGUUCAGCCUCCCCUCGCCUGUACCCCAGCCCCACCAGCACCCGCUCCCCGGCCCUAGGCACUGGGGGCCACUGCCCCACCGUGGAGCUGCCCCAGCUGACCGACCUCACUGGGGCUAUCAGUCUAGAUGAGAGCGGCUACCCCCAGCCACCGCAAAUCAAAUGCAAUGGUUAUCCCUAUGUGCCUGGGCCCAAGACGGAGGGCUCCUACUGUGGACCCAUGUAUGCACAGCCUUCCAUGGGCAUGCUCCGGCACCACACUCCCAUGGAGACCAUCCAGGAGAAUAAGCCAGUCAGCUUCCAGCGCCCAAUGAGGGGCUACUCAGAGAACAACGCCCUGCAGAGUCUGCUUACUGGAGGUCCUCCCUACUGCAACAAAGACACAGUGCUGGGCCAGGGACGGGACACACACACACUAAUGACACAGGGAACCAAUGGCGUUCACAGCCCGCACAGCCACAAUCAGAAUCGCAGCCACAAUCAUAACCACAAUCACAGCCAAGAGCAUGCUCACAAUCCCAGCCUACACAAUGGCCAUGGCUCAGUUCAUGACCAGAACACAACCCACCAUCAGAACCACAAUCAGGGUCACAAACACCAAGCCAGCCUCGACUACAGCCACAGCCACAAGCCCCAUCCAACCCACGACUACGCUCCGAGUCACGAGCAUGGUCACAGUAACAAAGUAAAUGCUAGCCAUGAUCACAACCCUCGUUCCAGCCAGAGUCACAUGCACAGCCGCAACCCCCACAACCCUCAUAACCCUAUGCACAGUGGGCCUCAUCCCCAGGCCCUCUCCCCACGGGUUAGCACUGACAUCCUGCAGCCCUACAGCCUCAAGACCUCUAAUCACUAUGGGCCCCGUCCGCACCUCCCAACAUCACCUUCCCUCCCGCCCAACCCUGCUGGCGUCAUGGACGUUCCCCAGGACCCCUGUCGCCUGGCGUCAGCGCCUCAUCCCCGUCACCAGCCUUACCCUGGAGCUCACCAUCAGGGUAUGACUGACUCGUGGCAUGGCUACUACCACAACAACCACCAGCCGGGGAACGCUGGUUACCAGGGGCAACAGCACAAUUCCCACAUUAGAAUGGCUGCCAACCUGGAGAUGGAGAACGUCCCUAAUAGCCUGGACUGUGAUGUAGACUCCAUCCUGCUCAGUGACUUUAUGGACACAGAGAGUAUGGACUUCAACUUUGAUGGCUCUCUGUCUCAAGGCGUGGGCAUGGGGAUGGGCAUGAGCUUGGGGGCGUUUGCCUGCCCUCCACCAGCACACAGCAACCAGAGCUGGGUCCCAGGGUGAACCCAGACCCAAGGGUUUAGAUAGACACAUGACCGGAAAGCUCACCCACUGGGCCAGGCUGCUGGUGAACUGUACCCUUGGACUGACUGACUGUGAUUCUGUUUCUCUGAGACUGUAGAACAAAAUACGUAUUGUCAUUUUGUUUCCUGGGGACUCCCUACACCCACACAUCCUGCCCCCCCCUGUUUAUAAAGCCUUCUGUCUCCAUAUUGAACCUGCCCCCAAUGAGCCCAGUCCUAAAGCCCCCCUUGUUUAUGCCCUUCAGUUUUUUUGUUUUGUUUUGUGUUUUUAUGGUAUCCUCCCAAUCUCUUCCUGCCUGUUCUAAGCUCUCAAGCACUUUACAUCCAUCCUUUCCAUACAGAUGCAGUAACACAAAGACCAGGCAAAGUCAUGUUGUGUGUUGGCUUAAGUUUAAUGUAUGCAAUCCACUUUACAGUAUUAUCUCCUCCCAGGAAGGAGGUGUUGUUUUUGACUUGAGAACAUGAUCAAACAGCUGCAUAAAUAUCUUUCAAUGUGGAGGUGCUCUCAGAUUGGGGGUUAAAAGGCAGGAGAGGCUUUGAGGUUUAAGAAUGAAGAGAAAAGGAGGUUUUUAGAAGAAGAGGGAAUAGAACUAAAGGGAUGGAGGGAUAGAAUGGAAGGCAACUCCAGGGUCAGUAUGACUACUCUGCCUGGUGGACAGGGGUGUUUUCUGUUCGGUUCAGAGCAGAAGGAUAGUCAUCCAUCAGGCAACCAUCAGCACCACUCCAUUGAAAUGCAACGUCCCUUCUUUAAUCUCCAAAGUAAUGCCAGAGUGAUGCAUCACUAUUGCAAAUCUAAUGCGCCACUCUGUGUUUUUUCAACCCCCCUCUCCCUUCUCAACUCCGGACACACCGGCUUAAUGUGUUUUGGCGAAAGUGAUGAUUAAAGUCACUCUGCACUAAAUAGGGGAGGGAUUGAGGAGGGAUGAUAGGAGAGGAGAAAUGCAAAUAUUCCCUCUGUGCCUCUUCCUCUCCAUUUUGUGGAUUUAUGUAGCUUUCCCCGUAAUGAAAUAAGCAACGAUCAGAGCCUGCUGUACAUCCUGAGGAGCUCUCUGAUUGGCCUGAGCUGGGCUGCCUCAGCAUGGCUCCUUCACCGGCUGACCCUAGAACAGCUUAGUGAGCAGCUGUGGUCAGGCCAGGAUGUUGAUGGAGCUGCCGUCCUCAGACCCCAGGCAACCUUGUCUAAUUCACUAACACCCAGGUUCAAGCCCACUAUGUGCUUUUACUCCUGUGAAUUGCACACUGAUGAACAGCGUCAGCAGAUUACUAUUUGGUGCUAUCUCUUCUUCCCAGGCUCCCUCCUAUCGCGCCGCCCCAUCCCGAGGUUACUCGGAGGGUAAACAAGAGUAAUUAACCGCCAAACAAGAUGGAUGAUUUAUGCAAGUGUGUGUAUUCGCUCAUCGGCACAAAGUCAUAAUUCUUCCUCCCGCCAAGAACAAGGAGGGCGAUUUUUGAGAGGUGAUGCCCAGCAACAAGGUAAAGCGGUUGGCAAGCGGUCUGCUUAUAGUGUCCUUCAAGUCCUUCAAGCAUCCCCUUUACAAGCAUUCCCCGCCCCGUCCCAGCCAUAGCUUUACUUUGCUGUUGUCUUUUCUUGUGCUUGUUCUGUGAUUGUGCAGUUGUCUGUCCUGUUUCAAUACAGCUUGGGUAGGAGCUUUUCUGUACAUUUUUCUUUCUUCAUUCCCAGAGGGUAAACCGGCAAAGGGGGCAUUCGCCAACCUCUGUCCUGGCACCUGUCCUACUCAAGACCGAGAGAAUAGGAACAAGAGAGAGAAGAAAGGUAGAUAGAUACAGAGACUGAAUGGGGGGGAGGCAGCUAAAUGAGUAGGCAGGAUCUGUGAGACUGGGAGAGAUUUUCCAGCUCGGUAGCUUUCUGUAGAAUUGGCUGUUUGAAUCAGGCCAAAUGUCAAGUGCUACUCAGCCAGCUCCGACGAGCUUUGACCAGAAAGCCACUUCUCCCUCCUGAUCAAGGACAAUGACGGGUAUUUCCAUACACAUUUCUUUUUCUUUCUUCUUUCCUUUUCAUGAGUUAGGAUGGCCCAUUGUUGUAACCCAACUGUAAUUUGUUCUCUGGUCUGUGUGCACUUGUGUGUCAAGCUUCUCGUGGGUGUGCGAGUGUGUGUGCGUGUGUGUAGCACAGUGAUGUACAAGAACUGAUUAAGGGAAUAUUGUUGAGAACUAACUUGCCCUGGUAUUGUCCAUGCCUGGAUGAGUGCAGCAUACAUAAUAUAUACAGUUUAUAUUUAUUGGUUAUGGAGAUGGGUCUGUGGAGGACCGCUCAGACCCCUCACUGCUUUGUCUUCUUGAUGACAAAGAGGCAGAAUGCUAUUUCAGUUUGACUACAUUUCAUUCUGUACAUAAUCUAUAUUGAGAAAAUUGUAUUAUAAUUUUUUUGCAAAUAUCAAUUUCUUUUCUAAAAUGAUGUAUCUGCUCAUCUGGUGUAAAAUAAAAACAG